GAUAUUAUUAUAAUCAGAUGUUUCUCUGCUUCAUCUUUCAUGCUUUGUUUUUAGCUGUGUUUUUGUCUUGAGUCUUGAGUUAGUUGAGGUUAAAUGUUUGAUUUUGAGUUGAUAAAUUGAAAAAGAAUUUAUUAUUUAUUAAGUGAUGGCAUGUAACGUUUUACAAUUAUCUUUUUACAGAACAAACUGUAGGAUUUUAUUGAAUGCUAAACCUUUGCUGUGCUCUUCAUUACCGGUACACCAUCAAAAUGCAGCGUUCAAUAUAAUUGACCUAAACUCAAUAUUAUCUCAUGGAGGGACGGCAAAUUGUCAUAUGCCACUGCAAAAUGUCCAGUCAUGCCGAAGUAUCACCACAAAGCCUGUAUCAUUUUUGAAAGAUAUUGUGGGCAGUUACAAAUUUAAAUCAGCUUUGAAAAAAGUUGGCAUUUUGAACUUCAAGAAAUCGAGUUUGAAGAGAAAAGGCUACAAUAUUUAUGAACAAAUUGCAGACAAUAUUGAUUAUAAAUCAUUUUUCACCAAAUACAACAUGCCAGACACCUUCCACUCGUGGUUUGUUGUUAUGGAACUCCAUAUGUGGAUGAUCAUCGUGCGUUUGAUGUCUGAAGAGGAAGAAGGCAGAUAUCUCAGGAACUGUGUCAUUGAAGCGCUUUGGGAAGACAUUCGAGAAAAGGCAGGAUUGCUUGGGGAUGAAAACACCAGCACUGCUCGUGAACAUAUGAAAUAUCUGUCUGAGGAAUUUCAAGCGGCUCUGCUUGGUUAUGACGAAGGUCUCCUUGGUGAUGACAUAGUAUUAGCAGCUGCAUUAUGGAGGAGGUUCCUCUCAAGAGAUUGCAACGAGCCAGAACUUGUUGAGGAUCUGGUCAGAUAUGUGAGGAGAGAGGUUAAAAUCCUGGAUACAUUAACAAGAGAAGAGAUUUUUGAAGCUGAUCACAAAUAUCUAUUCGAACCAAUAGACAAAAUAUCGUCGCUUAAAAGUAUAAGAAAUUAAGCUUAGAAGAUUAUAUGUGAUAAUCAAAAUAGGUCAUGGUUGUAUAUACAUGUAGAAAUUCAUCUCAAUAUCCUUUAGUGCAUUAUAGCUUGUUGAUCUGUAAAUUAACGCUUUUAUAAUAAAAUUGAAUCUACGAUUUAUGCAUUUUUUCAAAAGUUGAAUGCUAACCCUCCAAAUACGAGUAGUUAGAAAAGUAUUUAGAAUAAUUAGACGUGGUAAAUACUUGUAUGUAACUGCUCAGUUAUAAAAUGUUGUGUAAUUCCAGCUACACUAUUUCAAAAUUAUGUUAUCCUGCAAUCGGUCAAUUAAAUCCAAUGUAGAUAAUAUCAAUUUAAUUGAACAAAUUAAUAUCAAAGUACAGUAAUUGAUUAAUCACUCCCACAAUAAUUAUGAAUAUUUUUCCUCUAUUUUCCUUCUCUUCAAAUUUAAAUACUUAUUAGAUAGCCUAUACAAGGAGAUCAGAAUUAUUGUAAUAAGCUCUGCAUAUUAAAAAACAAAUGCCCAUAAUUGAUUCUUAAAAAGUAUUAAAACAUUCUUCAAAAAUGUUCGUUCAAAUUGUUGUAUUACAUUUGAGACGUUGUGGUCUGAGAUUAUGUCUCAGCCAUUUCAACAACGUCAAGUUUUCUUGAUAUUUUGAUUAUUCUUCAUGAAUUGAAAAGUAGAAUGAACACGAACUACAGAGGUUUAAUAGAUCAACAUUUUAUGUUUCAGUUUAAAAUAAAAUCAAACAUUUUGACCAUUUUUUGUAGAAAAUGAUUUUUAUUGCCUGCUGGAUUUCUUUCUGCUGGAAAUAAAGAAACAAUCUACUAUUGA